UACUGCAGGGAACAGCAGGUGUGCUCCAGCCCACACCGACUUUCUCUUUCUCCUUUCCUCUGUUCUCUUUCUCUUUCGCGCUCCGCUUUCUCUCAGUUUCUCUCCGCGAUUCUGUAUAUUCUCUGGCUUUGGAGUUUGGACUCUAAGCAAAAGGCGGGCUCUCCAUCUGGAAUUGCAGAAAAUUCCUUCCCUGAUUCCGAGUCUCGCUCGAACUUCUGCCUUCUCGGCUUCUGUUCUUUAUCUGCUCCGUCAUUCACUGCAUCUUUGUGUCACCGACGCUCUGUGAUUUAUGUGCUUUCUCUCGGAGAUGACUUCUGUAUCAUCCGCAUUUUCGCGCCUAAAUCAGACUAUACUUGCGGGAUGUGUGAUUGGAUGUCCUUGCAAGCUUUUAGCUGAGAAACUCGUGAAAUUUGAAGUAUGUGUUUUGAUAUGAUGCCAUAUUAACUGAAGCUGGAAUCAUAGCCAGAGGCAUAGGGAUUGAUAUUUAACUUUGACAAAGGGCAAGCUGUAAGGAGUAUGGAUCAUAGAUUUUCUUCCCGAGCAAGGCGAAGUACAAAACUGCAAGACGAGCUGAACAUAGAAAAUCCAAACUUCUCUGAUUCUGAUCUCAAUUAUGAAGCAAGAAAGAACAUAGGUAAACCCAAAUUGACAUCUUUAGGGAAUAAUCAAAAUUGGCCGGUUCAAGGAAAGGCAACUGAGAAUGAAGAGCUUGUUAAAUACAUGUCAAAUUUGCCAAGCUAUUUGGAGAAAGGAGGUAACCUGAAGGAGAAAGCUCUAAAUUUUGGCGUCCUUGAUUGGCGCCGUCUAGAAAAAUGGCAGCAUAAACAGAUGUCGUCUUGCCAAAGUAGCAAGCAUUCUCCAUCCAGCAGCCGUUCAGCCCGCUCCUCCUCAUUUUUCUCAACUGAUGGAUCAUCAGCCUGGUCUAGCAUUGAUCAGAGCUUCUCUCCUGCUCAUCAAAGGAUGCGCCGGCCAUCACUACAAUCCUAUCUGAAUGCAUCUCCAGCAGAAUGCUAUUCUCCAAGUCCCAAAAAUGUUAAAGAAAAUUUUGACAGGUUUCAAGACCUCAAAGCAGCACCUGGUAACUCUGCGAAGGGAGGGAAACAUAUAUUCAGGAUGUACCAUUCUUGCAGCAAUAACCAAUCAGACAUCAACGCAAAUGAGUGCAGUAUGAAAGACAGAGUGCCAGAGCAUAUCCCUGAAACUGAAAUUUCCAUAAAAGAUCCAAGGCCGGAUUCACAUUCAAAGGGAAAGAUAAAGAUUCAAGAUGGUGAAUCUACUGAUGGAACGAAGGAGUUUCAGAAACCAAGUAUUGAUGUUACUCAUAAUUGCCUUGAAAAAGGCAAAUCAGUAGUUCACCUGCCAAGGACCAGACCUGAAAUUUGUCAUUCUGCAACAUCCUACUCCAAUUCAGCGGUAAAUGGUCAGAGAUCAACGGAAGCCAGAGGAAGAAAUUAUUUGAAGGAAUCUUUUCUUGAAGAGGUCUUUGAUGUGGAUCCCUACUUUGACAUACCAUACUCAUGUCCGUUGCCUAGUGAAGAUGGUAAUGCCAGGCACUUGCAGAUGACAGAACCAAGCCCCAUAGAUGUGAAGAAUACCAAGUUUUCAUCCGUACCAUCACAGCCUCAUGCACGAUCUAUAAAAAUAUCAACCACGACCAAGUAUUCUGAGGCAUCAAGUCUUAAAAUUGGCACAACGGUGGCUUCUAGAUCAAGAAACUCUUCUCCGACUCAUCAAUUUAGCAUUGGGCACGAUAGGAUGGACCAACAUCACAAUUCCGAAGAUGGUUCAGUGGCACUGCAGGCGAGCACUAAGCAUAUUAUGGGUACAUCUGGAUCCCAAAAAGCUGCUUUGACUUGUUUGGAGAAUUCAUUUAAUGAUGAGCCUAGCAGUACAGGUAGAUCCCUGUCCAGCCCUUUGAGGAGGUUACUGGACCUAUUGCUGAACCCUAAGGCAGUGAAUUCCCAUCACCCAGCUGUGCAGUCUGAGAGAGAUCUAACUUCAACUGUUAGGUCCUGCAAAUCUUCCAAUGGUCGAGUAGAAUCUUCCAGUACACAUUCAAUUAAAGUAAACUCAGUAUUGACAAGUUCUAAAACGAUCAAUGCUGAUGCUUCACGUCACAAGGAGAAAGAUAGAUCAUCAACUGUCCAAGCACUUUUGCAGAUAGCCAUAACGAAUGGGCUCCCUCUAUUUACAUUCACAGAUGAAAUCAAAGGUGACAUUCUAGCAGCCACAUUGAAAAAAGUAAAUGCCUCAAAAAAAGAUGACAACAGUUGGAUUUAUACAUUCUUUAAUGUUCAUGAAGUCAAGAGAAAGAAUAAUUGGAUAAAUCAAGGGAGCAAGGGUAAAACUCAUAGUUACAUCCCAAAUAUUGUUGCCCAAAUGACAGUUUCUGAUGCUUGGUCUGGCAACUUGAUCGGACAGCGUUCUGUAGAUGAGCUCGGCAUCAGGGAGUUUGUGUUGUUUGCGGUGGACCAGAGAAAGGCAGAUCAGUGCACGUCAGACCUCCAUCCAAAUGAUGAACUUGCAGCCAUUGUUGUCAAGUCCCGAAAGGGGACCCAUAGAAGUUUGAACAAAGAGGUACAGCAGACCCAUUGCAUUGUUCAUCCAUCAAUGACUGGCCAACGGGAGUCGCUUCCUCAAGUGAGUGGCUGUGCGUAUUCCGAGGAGAAUAAAGAGAAUGGGGCAUUGUCUCAAAGUCAAGAAUGUAGCGCAACUGUUAUUUUACCUGGUGGUGUUCAUGGAUUGCCGAGCAAAGGGGAGCCUUCACCAUUGAUAGCAAGAUGGAAAUCAGGCGGUUUAUGUGAUUGUGGAGGUUGGGAUAUGGGUUGCAGUAUGACGGUGCUUGCCAGCCGGACAAAACCUAGAAGGGUUUCAACUUCUUCAAAACUGCAUUCCUCCACGGAUAGAUUUGAGCUUUUCUCUCAGGGAGAAGUUCCGGACGGUAGGCCUGUAUUAACCUUGGGGCCAUUCAAGGAUAAUAUCUUCUCAGUCCAAUUCAAUUCUUCACUCCCUUUUCUACAAGCGUUCGCCAUUUGUAUGGCAGUUCUAAACAGUAGGAAACCAUAUGAGCUUUCCGAAUUGAGCAAGUUGUUUGAAGAGAAAUAUUCUGAAGCCCCCAACACUCAAGCAGAGUUAGCUGCAAGUUACGCCUCGAACCCGCCCCCGUCGCCUGUCGGGAGGGUUUAGCUUGCAAGUGGAGGAAUUGGGCUCGGUUUGUACAGUUUUGUAUAAUCGCAGCAGGGCUAAAUAACCAGUGGAAACCUACAGAAAAUAUUGCUUGCCGAAGCAAUCAAGAGGCAAUCAAGAGGAUGAAUGAACCGUUAGCUCGGGUGGGCCUCUGCUACGGGAACAAGACACAAUCCUGGCGUUUGAGCUGCGACGGUUUGUUGCUCGGCGAACGAAGUGGUAAUCUAUGUAUAAAGAUUGCGAUGCGUCAGUCCUGUAAUGCAUUGGGUUCGUACCAGAAUCACUUGUUGAUUACUAACAUGCGCCAGCUUUCAGCAUGUUAAUGAAUCAGGUUUGAUUUUUGUAAAGGAUAAUGUGCAUGAGCAUGAUGCUAGUAUUUUGGUGCCAUUUUUUUCA